AUGACUAAAACUAAGAAACAACAUCCUAUUUGGAUUUAUUUUCCUUCUAAUGAUUUAACCAAUUCUUAUAUUUGUUCACAAUAUAGUACAAAAAUCAGAAGUGGAAAGGGAAAAACAAGACAAAAAAUUGUUUCUUAUAAUAAAACAGAAGGAUCAUCUACUUCUUUAUUUAUUAAUACUAAAUUGAAAAAUGAAACUUUAGAAUAUCUUCAACUUGAAGAUCAGUUUCAAGAUAAUAAUAAAAGAACUUUGAUUUCUACUUAA